ACAGCCUCUCCUGAAACAACCACGAGCUGGAAUAGUACGGAUACGGGAUGCAGUCCUCUGCCGGAGUCGCACUGCUGCUGUGCUUGAGUCUACAGUCGAUGUUGCUGUUCUGCCCCCAGGAUGCAGCGGGGGCUGCCUGCACUGCCCACACAGGACUCGUAGGCUUCACAAUCAAAGGAGAAGAGCCUUGCACAGCCGAAAAAAUCGACGAGGAAACUUUCCUCUUGAAGAGCCCUACGUCAUCCGAGGACUUACCAAACAUUGUUAAUUGCACGGCCAGAAUAUCCACGGCAGGACCCAGCUACCUGGUGAUCCAGCCCGGGGUGUUCGACGUGCUAGGGAGAAGCGACGUCUCUGAGCUACUCUUAUAUAACCAAAGGACUGUAGCCGCUGCAAAUGGAGAAAACAUCUACUUACCGUCAUCACAGACAUACAUCAAGUAUCAAACUUCUACCAGGAAAGCUGACGAAGGCUACGACAUGAAAAUUCGAGCGCAGACGACCGCGUGUCACAAAGUAUGCGACCUGGCAUUAGGGGACCAGGGCGAUGUGGAGGAGCUGAACUAUGCACCCAACACGAUCUGUGAAUGGUGGUUCACCGCCCCCGAAAACUGCAAAAUAAUCCUGGAGUUCUCAAAAUUUGACGUGGGCACCGUUAGAGGCAACGGUUCCCGCAAGUGCGCUGGUGAUUACUUAAGGAUCAGCAAACUGGGUGAUAAACUCUACAACAAACCCAAGACUCGGUCUCACUGUGGAAAAACCUUGCCCGGGCCAAUCAAGUCUUCAGCCAACAAGAUGACCAUACUCUUCAACGGCAGAGACGGCGGCCAAGGCUUCAAGUUCCACUACCAUCUUAUUUGUCGGGUAAUAUCAACUACAUCCACCACUGUUCGACCAACAACCACCUCAACCACUCAACCUACAACCACGACAACGCGACCAACAACGACGUCAACCACUCGACCAUCAACCACGACAACCACUCGACCAACAACAACGACAACCACUCAACCAACAACAACGACAUCAACUACUCAACCAACAACCACUCUACCCACUCGCCCACCCUUCACCCGACCAACACGCCCGCCCUUCACUCGACCAACGCGUCCGCCGGGUGGUCGCUGAAGUACGCGAGUUGUCCGUUAGAUGACACGUUGAUAUCGUGCGAACAAUUCUUGGUGUUUGAUACCAGCGAAUAAGCUUCAAUUUAAUGUCCAAUGCAGUGAGAGUUAUCAAAAACGGUCAUCAAUAAUCAUACAAUUAAAAGUAUACUAAAUCCACGCUAGAAUUGAUGACGGUUACUUUAAUUCGCGAGGAUCGUUUGCCUGGGUCCAUACUUUCAUAAAAAGUUAAGAGAUCGCAAGUUUAUCAGCCAAUCA